AUGACGGCACCCUCGUCGCUGAGCAUCAAUCUGCCGCCGAGCUUCGGCGGCUCCUUCUGGAGCGUGCCGUACCGCCGCGGCGUGCAGGCGCUCUACACGGCGCUGCAGCGCGGCCUCGACGAGGAUGCGGCACUGCUGGCGCACGUCGAGCACCGCGUGGCGCUCGAGUAUGCGCACGCCGAGGCGCUCGCCGCCCCGACGCCCGAGCCGAACCUUUCGGCGCCGCUCUUCAAGGCCGCGCGAGCGCAGCCGGCGCCGCCGACCGGCAUCGCGGCGUCGCUGAGGCUGCUGGAGCACGAGGCGACAACGGCGCAGAGCCAGGCGUUCGGCAAGGUCGCCUCGACGCUCGACAAGACGAUUCUCGUGCCGUUUGGCAAGUGGAGCGAUGAUCAUGAGCGCCGCGUGCGCAACAGCUGGGAGCACGUCGAUGCCAUCGUCGAGUCGCACGAGACGCAGCAGGCAGAGGUGGAGCGCCAGCGCAUGGCGUACGAGCAAAAGUGUCGUGUCGCAGACGAGGCAGAGGAGGACGCACGCUUUGCCGGCGGCGAGGUGGCCUCGCCCUCGCCGUCGAGCCUCGCCUUCAAGCCGCCGGCGUCGCCCGAUGCGUCCGAGAAGCAGCCAUCCUCGCCGCCGCCGCCGCAGCAGCUUGACCCCGAGCGCCUGAAGCGCCGCGAGACGCUGCGCAACCAGAUGUUCGGCUCGCGCCGGGCUGCGCCGCGCAACAAGCCCAGCUCGGCAGACGACCGUUACACGACGCUGCCGCUCUCGCCUCGCGCUGCCCCGGCAGACCUGCCGCAGAGCUCUGACGAGGGCUUCGGCGUGCGCAGCGUCAGCGCCGGCUCGUCUUCGGGCAGCAACAGCAACAGCACCAGCGCAAACAUGCAGCGCAGCAGCAGCAGCAUCACCUCGACGCUGAGCGCCGCACUCUCGCGCGCCGCCGAGGCACCGGCACUGGCGACGCUGCGCGGUGCGCUUGGCGGCCUCAACGACCCGCGCCAUGUCCGGCUGCGCCGCGACGCCGAGCACGCAGAGGAGUCGUACCGCACCGCCGUGCGUGCGCUUGACCGCGCGCGUCUCGGCGUGGAGGAGACGCUCAUGGUGCAUUUUGGCUAUGCCGAGCGCUGGGAGAACGAGCGCGUGCGCGCUGUGCGCAGUGUUAUCGCCGCGUUCAAUGUCGCCUUUGUGCCGCUGCUGCCGAUUCUCGACUCCUCGCUGAUGCGCGAGCGCAAGCUGGACAUUCUGCCCGGCCGCGAGAUUUCGCACCUGCUGCGCCUGCACGCCACGGGUCCUUACCAGCCGCAGCCGGCCGUAUUUGCGCCGUACUACAACGGCGAGUCGACGUCGUUGGCCGGCGCCGGCAUUGCAUUCUUCGGCAUGAACCUCGAGGCCUUCCGGGCGGCCGAGACGCUUGCACACGAGGACGGCGACGAGUCGGACGAGCACUUGCGUCCCGGCGCCGGCAAGAAGGGCGCGUUGCCUGCACUCCCCCUCGCGCUCUCUGCGCUGCUCGCUGCACUUGAGCGCGCUUACGACGACCCGGCUCGCUGGCCUGCGCCCGAAGCCAAGGAGGGCGAGGCGAAGGCAGGCACGCGCGAGGCCACACUGCACGCGCAUCAGGAGAAGCGCAAGGCGUGGAUCUACGACGUGCCGCUCUCGGCGUCGCAUGCAUGUCGCGAGGCACUCAUCACGCACGUUACUACGAGUCAGAAUCCCGGUGCCGAGGCGGGCGCUGGCCUCGACACGCUGCUGCAGCGCUUCGACGCACCCACGCUAGCUGCCACCGUCAAGCUCUGGGCGCUGGAGCUGGCCGACUCGCUCGUGCCGCGCGAGCUGUGGGAGCCCGUCAACAGCACGUAUGCGGCGGCUGCGGCGCAGGAACGCGAUGCAGCCGCAGAUGAGGCAUCGAAGGCAGAGCCGGCCAAGGAGGGCGACGAGCCGAAGCUCGACAAGGGCAAGGGCCGCGUGGGCAUUGCGCCGGCGCUCGAGGAGAAGAUCCGCAAGGGCGUGCUGGAGGACCUGGGCGUGGUGCUCAUGCGCCUCAGCCACCACCGCCUGCACCUCGUGUGCCUGGAUGCGAUCGUCAGCCACCUCGCUACGCUCAUUAAGAAGACGCCAACCGACGAGCCGGAGCCGGUGUUCCUCAACAAGCUGGGCCUGGCAGUUGGUCGCGCUCUGAUCCGUCCGCCGCGCGAGACGCCCGCCACGAUGUCCUCUCGCGCGCCGACGCUGCUCGCCAUGGAUCUCGUCGCGCACUAUGCCGAGCUCUUCCCGCCGCUGCUGCGCAAGGCACAAGAAGGCGAGGCCGUGCUGGCGCAGCAGCGUCGCAUCCCGAUCCGCAAGCGCACCAAGCCCAUCGAUGUGCGCCCCACGCGGCGCAACAUGAAUAUCGUCGGCCCUCGUGCUCCGAUGCCCAGCGCGCCGGCGCAGAGCGAGCCGCAGCAGAGCGGCCUGCUGCCGACGUCCGCUGGCGCCAGCGAGAGCACGCAGUUCGCCGCCAGUCCCACGAGCACCGAGGCGCCACUGCCUCCCGUGCCCGACAAGCCGCGAGUUGAGACCUCCGUUCCACGCUCCGACGCCGUCGAGGCACCCACGCCGCUGUCGGAGCGAGUGCUGGGUGCGCCGCCGGCGGUGCAAGAGCCAACAGCAGACGAGAGCAGUCUGCAGCCUGCCGCGGCAGCGGGCGCCAACAUCGAGCGUCCGGCCUCUGCCACGAGCGGCGGCGGCAGCACAUACGGCACGCCUCCCUCGUCCGAGGCCGGCGCCAUCACCGAGGCGUCCUCUGCGCCUCGCGAGCGCGGCAGCAGCACUUCGAGCUCGACGGGCACUGCCACGCCCGCUGCUGCUGCUCCCGCCGCAUCGCAGCCGUCCCUGCCCAGCUCAACGUCGAAUGUGGCGCGCCUGAGCCGGCAGUUCGGCAGCAUGGGCUCAGGCACGGGCGCCUCGACGGGACGACGGCCCGGCGGUGCCAGACCGCUGGGCGCGCGAGCUCCAGGCGCGAAGCGCGACGAGGCGCCCGCCAGCUAG